AUGCUAAGAAGGUUCUCAAGGAUGAGAAAACUGCAGUUGGUCAAAAUGGCAAAGCAGAUGAUGUUGGGGGGCCAAAAGGUCAGCUUGUUCAAGAAGAAGAAAGAGAGAAAGCUACUUCAAAUUGGAAGCAAUUACUGGAUGGCAUGGGCAACUCCGGUCUCCAGCAAUGUACCGGCUCCUGUUGGAGGCUCUACUCUUCUAGUUGUCUAUGUAGCUUUGGCAAUCGGAAGUUCUUUUUGCAUCCUUUCGAGGGCCUUACUUCUUGUAACGGCUGGGUACAAGACUGCCACAAUACUGUUCAAUAAAAUGCACUUCUGCCUUUUUCGCGCCCCUAUGUCUUUCUUUGAUGCCACCCCUAGCGGACGAAUUCUGAACAGAGCAUCUACGGACCAAAGUGCAGUGGAUUUGAACAUUUCAUUUCAAGUUGCCGCUUUUGCCUUCUCAAUAAUACAACUUCUGGGAAUUAUUGCAGUAAUGUCGCAGGUUGCUUGGCAGGUCUUCAUCAUUUUUAUUCCUGUCAUUGCAAUUUGCAUCUGGUUACAGCAAUAUUACAUAUCUUCAGCACGAGAAUUGGCACGGUUAAUUGGAGUAUGCAAAGCUCCAGUUAUACAACAUUUUGCUGAAACAAUCUCAGGAUCAACUACAAUUAGAAGUUUUGAUCAGGAAUCUAGAUUCCGGGACACAAAUAUGAAAUUGAUAGAUGGGUAUUCUCGCCCAACAUUUCACAGUUCUGGUGCAAUGGAGUGGCUAUGCAUUCGCUUGGAUAUGUUGUCUUUAAUUACAUUUACAUCGUCCUUGGUUUUUUUGAUCUCUGUUCCGGAGGGAACAAUUGAUUCGAGUGUUGCGGGAUUAGCAGUAACAUAUGGGCUUAAUCUUAACAUGUUACAAGCUUGGGUCAUAUGGAAUCUUUGUUCUAUGGAGAAUAAAAUUAUAUCAGUUGAAAGAAUACUUCAAUACACUUCUCUCCCUAGUGAGCCUCCUCUUGUUAUAGAAUCAAACAGGCCAGAGGCAGACGGUCACUGGCCAUCACAUGGUGAAGUUGACAUUCGUGAUCUCAAGGUGCGAUAUGCCCCACACAUGCCACUUGUGUUAAGAGGCCUCACAUGCACUUUCUCUGGAGGAAAGAAGACUGGCAUUGUAGGAAGGACGGGCAGUGGUAAAUCAACACUUAUACAGACACUCUUCCGUAUUGUUGAACCCGAUGGUGGACACAUUUUUAUAGAUGAUAUCAACAUCUCUUUGAUCGGGCUGCAUGAUUUAAGAUCUAGAUUGAGCAUAAUUCCACAGGAUCCAACCAUGUUUGAGGGGACGAUACGAAGCAACCUGGAUCCGCUGGAAGAGCAUACGGACGAACAGAUUUGGGAGGCUCUUGAUAAGUGCCAGCUUGGAGACGAAGUCAGGAAGAAGGAAUGCAAACUUGAUUCAGCAGUUAAUGAGAAUGGAGAGAAUUGGAGUGUGGGUCAAAGACAGCUGGUCUGUCUUGGCCGUGUGCUACUCAAGAAAAGCAAGGUUUUGGUGCUUGAUGAGGCAACAGCAUCAGUUGAUACAGCAACUGAUAAUCUGAUUCAGCAAACCCUGAGGCAACACUUCUCCGACUCCACAGUCAUAACCAUUGCACAUAGGAUAACAUCUGUGCUCGACAGUGACAUGGUCCUACUAUUAGAUCAUGGAUUAAUUGAGGAAUAUGAUACUCCAACAAAAUUGCUGGAAAACAAGUCAUCUUCAUUUGCCAGGCUCGUAGCAGAGUAUAGUGUGAGAUCAAAUUCUAGUUUCGAGACUUAG